ACUAAAAAGCAAAAACAAAUAAAAAAAUGGGUAAUGACGUGUGCAAGAUCUUCUUUCGGCUCCUUCUUCUCCGAUCCUUCACUUUCCAUUCGUAGCCCUUCCAACCCAAACCCCACUCAUACUUCUUCACACACACACACAUAUAUAUAUAUAUCUCUCCCACUCUUCGCUUUUCACUUGCUGGAUCUUCCAAUGGCUAUUUCAGGUGCUCUUGAAUUAGAUUGGCAGAGAAGGAUGAAUUAAAUUGCAAUGCAGAUCUAUUACUGUUUGUAUUGUACACCGGAUAAGAUUUGCAUAUUCCACAGUUGUAUCUUUGGUCACCACCGCAAUCGAGAGUAACUUUCUUGCAAAGGCGUUAUCAGCUUACUGAUAAUUUUGUUCAGUUAAGUUGGUACCGUCUUUACAAAAUGCCAUAUUUUAUACAGAGACUUUAUAAUACUUGCCGAGCCUCGUUGUCUCCCAAUGGACCAGUCUCAGAGGAAGCUAUUGAGAAAGUUCGUGCUAUGUUAGACAAAAUCAAGCCUUCUGAUGUAGGUCUCGAACAGGAAGCCCAAUUGGUACGCAGUUGGUCAGGUCCUGCCGGUGAACGUAAUGGGGGCCAUCAGUCACUGCCUACAAUCAAAUACUUGCAUUUACAUGAGUGUGAAAGCUUCUCUAUAGGAAUUUUCUGCAUGCCGCCUACCUCUAUCAUACCUCUUCAUAAUCAUCCUGGAAUGACUGUUUGGAGCAAGCUUGUUUAUGGUACAUUAUAUGUUAACUCAUAUGAUUGGCUUGAUAUACCUGGGGCUGCUGAUGCCUCACAAGCAAGACCUGCAAAACUGGUUAAAGAUCUUGAGAUGACAGCACCCUCUCCAACGACAAUUCUUUAUCCCACAACUGGAGGCAAUAUCCACUAUUUCAGAGCUGUAACUCCCUGUGCUAUCUUUGACAUCCUGUCUCCACCUUACUCUUCAGAACAUGGACGACACUGCACUUAUUUCCGAAAGUCUCCAAGGAGGGAUCUACCUGGUGAUUUUGAGUUGGAUGGAGUUAAGGUAUCUGAAGUGACUUGGUUAGAAGAAUUUCAACCUCCUGACAACUUUGUGAUUCGGAGAGGGGAGUACAAGGGUCCUGUUAUUAGAACGUAAUAUUUCUUAUUUGGUGUAUCAUGCAAUUUCAUUAUCGAUCUUGACUUUUAUAUUAAGAAACAUUGAGGGAAAUCCUGGUAUAUUAGUUGUCAAUAGCCAUGGCAGUAAGUCAGGUUCUGGCUAAAUGUUAGGCAUUUGGUUUGUACAUAUUAAUACACCAAUGUAGUCUUCAUUUUACUGACCUCACUUUUAACUAGUGGAUUAAUAGUUUCUGGAAGAUGAAACAACUUGUGUCCUCUGACAUUCUUCAUAGAAUUUGUUUGGUCAAUGACAAUAAGCUGAUGAAUCCUUUUGUUGUC